AUGAGGAAAAUUAAAAAAUUGAAAAAAGGAAUGUGGUUAGACUCUAAUAGGUGUAUCAUUAAAAAUCUCCAGCAUAAUCUUAACUUUUGUUUGAUUCUUAGAAUAAAGAUGGAGUUCAUUAUGGAGAAACAGCAUUCUUAUGGAAAAAAUAAAAAUUGUAAGAGUGGAUUCUCCGUAAAGCCUAUGAUUGCUCUGAUGUGGCAGUGCUCCAAUAGAUGUGCCAUCAAAAAUCUCCAGUAUAAUCUUGAUUUUUCUUUGAUUCUUAAUUUAAGAUGGAGCCCAUUGUAG